AUGACCACUCCAAAGAGAACACCUUUGCCCUCAUCGGUCCCCCCACCAGAUGAAGAUGGUGGUUCCCAGCGGGAAUUGGCACAACUCGAGAUGUGCAUUGUGGAGUGUCGGUCUAGCAUGCAUGCAGCCACAGUCGCGUUAGACUCUCAAGCUGCGUGUAGCACGAUGCUCUCAUGUUGGAAUGCCCUAGAGGCAAAUGAAAAGAAGUUAAUGGAGGCACUCUCGGCUUGUAAUGUGGACGUGGGGGAAUGCGGGGUUUAUGUUUUAUAUGAACUCGCGUGCGCAAACAUAGUUGCAGCGCGUAUACAAAAUAUUAAACUAGAGGUUCAUACGAGACUUCGCGGUAUUACACUAGAAGGAAUAUCAAGAGAGGAAGCAGAGGCUGUUGCUCAAAUUGUGGAAAAUCCCAUUGAGUCUGUCAAAAAUAUUCGAAAACGUGAAACGAAACUUAUUGAUCACGUUCUUUGGUUACAGAAAACUUUAUUUCUUUCUGCAGGUGGAGAAGACGAUAUAUCACUGAGUGAGAGUGAAGAACGAGAGAGAAAAGGAUUUCAUUGGGACAGGGUAUUCCGUUCUCUCCUUUUUCUUUCUGAUAGUGAAACUGGGGGUACGACAAAGAAAGAAGUCUUGUCGACUACCAAGGCUAAUAACAGCAGCACUAAUUCGAAGGAAACAAAGGGAACAACCAAAAAAUACUCAGAUAUGCAGUUGAUGUACUCAUCAUUAAAGGAAGCUUUUUCUGCGGCGGAUGCUAGACAACAUUUUGUGGCUGCCAAUGAAUUUUUACUGGUGUUGAAAUUAUAUGCUGAAAAGUGCAAUACACUUCUAGAGUUACUUGAAACUGCUUUUCUUCUACUUGACAAAUACCUGGAAGAACUUCCAGAAGAAGAACGGCAAAAGAAAAAGGAUAUAACGAAUACACGAGUCUUAUGGUUAACUUCAGUACUUUCUAAUGUAGAUAAGGAUAUUCUUCCAGAAGGUAAAAUCUACAAACAGUCAUAUUGUAUCUCUUUAUUGUUUAUUACUUUGAUAUGGGAUAUUUCCUUUUGUUUGUGGCGCAAGGGUUGUGUUCAAGAAGUCUAUCAUUUACUUAGUGCCAUCGAUGUACAACGUCUGCAAAGAGUUAUAAGACUUAAAGAAAAAGAAAGAAGGAAACAUCUCAGUAAAGAGCAAAGGGAUACGGAUGAGGUAUCUGGUCAAUUGACGUGGCGGUACGUGGUUGAGCACUGUAAUGAGGAAAUAUCUUACUUAGACUCUCAAGAAGAAAAGAAUAGUUCUGAUGCCUCAGACACAGAGAGUGUAUCAAGAUCUGAAGAAAUGCGCACGACUCAUCGGAAGCAUAACCAAAUUGAAGAGCUACUACAUCGUAUUUCGUGUCUUCAUGAUCUCAGUGCUGUUAUCCUCUACUGUAGAACAAAGGAAGAUUUGCUAUAUAUUUUACUUACCUUAAAUAAUGCUCUUAAUUGGCAACAAAAUCGAAUUCAGAAAGAUGAAAAGGAAGAGGAACGAGAUAAAGAUAAGACUACUUCUGAUAAACGUAUUGACGCAGAUGCAUCAGCUGAUAUACUUACUGUAGUUCUCUUAGUUGUUGAACAUUUCCUUUCAACUAGUGCCAUUGAGUUAAUGGAGAAAUCACUUGUACCAUCAUCAUCAUCAUCAUCAUCAUCAUCAUCAUCGUCGUUAACAGUAGAUGUAGCCGUACGACAGGUAUGUAAUGAACUUAUUUCCUUUCUCACUGGUGGAAAAUUAAAAGGGAUUGAUGAUCUGGAGGAGGAAGGCUUUACAUCAUUAAGUUACAUGGAACACGAGAUGGAUGAGACAACAGGAGAUGAUAAUCAGGAUAAGGUUCUCAAACCUACAUGGAUUACUUUACAGGCACUCGGUAUGGUACAGACCUUUGCAUCUGGGUUUCGUAGUAGUGAUAUGUUUCAGAGUGCCCUCGCAUCAAUGAAUAAGGAAGGUGCAAUGGAACACCCACCAUCAUCAUUUGCAGGUCGUGUACAAAAUGUUGUAUCUCGUUUUCUGGGGGUAGGGAUAGAGGGAUAUCAGAAUAGUGUUUCAACUAACACAUUUAUUUCUAAGGGUUUACUUUCUGCAGAUGAUAUUGAACAUCAUAUUAGCAGUCACCAGAAACAAAGACAGCAUCAUAAAAUGAUUUCUUUACUCCCAUUACGAUGCUUUCUGGCGGAAAAUAGUACUCAAAAAGGCGUACAAGGUUUGCUUAAACUUCCUUCACUUCAUGGUGAUGGAUUGACAUUAUUAUUAGGAGAAACAACAAAAGACGAUUGUGCCUAUAGUAGGUCUGAAGAACUAGCGUUACGUCUGCUUGUUAUUGCGUGUCGUUACAGUGAUUUUCAAACACUAGUUUCUCUAAAUAAUAUCAAUAGGAACGAUUUAAUUAAUGAUAAUGAUGACAAUAAUAAUAAUAAUAAUAAUAAUGACCCUGGAAACGAAAAUGAUCUAUUAGGGUUUGUUGUUGAUAAACUUAAUAAUGCUAUUGGAAACCUACGGUUUGAGUUUGAUCGUCGUUUAGGCCCAUCUUGGUUAGGGAUGUGGCAUGAACAAAGGGAGUUGAAUGCUAGUCGUACAUGUAUAAAUAGUUUGUUUAAGGUGGUGCAAAAAGGUGUGUACUCCACUGAACUGCUACAAUCACCCUUAUCUCUUGGGCAACAAAGCAGUAGGGAAACAUUGGGGGAUGAUGAAUCAAAGAAUACUCUUUCACCCGCCUAUGAGAAGGAAGAUUUCCCUCAGGACUCCUUAUAUGACCCGAAUGAAUCCAUUAUUGAUAUCACUGAUAAGGAUGACAUUGUUAAUGUUCGUGAAGGAGAUGUCUGGGAAGCGACACCAGGGGUAUACACGCCUGCCGUUCAGUUUGACUAUUCUGCCUUCGAUGGAGGUUCUUCUGAUGCGCUGUUGGCAACGCGGCGGCUUAUUGAAGAACUCACACGUAAACAAAGAGAAGAAGGUACGGAGGAGUGUGGAAUUACUGUACUCCCCACCGCUGCCCGUCAACUGCUGCAUGAGGAGCUGCCGGCCGUCUGGCAGUUCACACCGUGGCGGCUUCUCUACAGCACUCGCUUCCACGGCUGCAGUUACCGCACACUGGUGAGUUGCAGUGAGCGGGAGAUCUCCACAUCGCGGCGGCAGCCCCCGUUAUUGUUGGUGCUUGAAUUGGUGAAUUCCGCCGCCUCGCAGUCGUCAGGUGAAAGAGGUACACUGCUGAUUGGUGCGUGUUUAUCACAUCCACUGCAGUUGGGAACCCGCCGCUUUUAUGGUAGUAAUGAGACGUUUGUCUUUCAACUGCUGCUGCCGUCGUCCGCAGAGGAGAAACCGCAACUCCGCACAUUCCGAUCCACAGGGGUGAAUCAGCAAUAUAUUAGUUGCGGUGUGCAUACACUUGCCAUUGGCGGCGGCGGUGGGUGCAGUAUUUUUCUCAAUAAUUCCGUUACGCAUGGUUCAACGACAACAUGUCCAACGUUUGCAUCGCCUCCAUUAACAGAGUGGCAGACGACAUCUUCGACUCUUUCAUGGUCCUCAGAGGCAGCAUUCGCGAAUAAUAGUAGGAGUUCUACAGGAACUUUUGGAUUUGAAGUGAAAACGGCAGAGCUACUGGUGGUAGGAGAAAAAAGAGAAGAGUAG